ACCUUCCUGGGCAGCCUGUUCCAGUGUCUGUCACCCUCAGGGGCUGAUCCCAGCCUGACACGAGGUUGGCUGGGCAGUUUCAGCUCUCACCUUGGGCAUUCCCAGCCGCCGGGCACGGCGCUCAGCGGCCGCGGGAUGUCGGAGGGGAUGAUGUCGGAGGGGAUGGUGCCGGAGGGCGCCGCCGGGAGUCCGCCCGCCCCGGAGCACAAAACCGUUUAACGGUUGUCCCGCUCCGCAACAGCGGGCGCGUUAGUAGCGCGCGAGGAGGGGGAGCGAGACGGCCUCGCGCUGCGCUCUGAUUGGCUGCCGCCCCGCCCGGGGGCCAGCUGGCCGCGGCGCUCGGCGGAGGCUGUGGGCGCCGCCGUGAAGUUUGCGGGCGGGCGGGGCUGCCGGCGCUGCGGCUGCCCCAUCCCCGGCGGGCUGCUCACGGCCCUGCGCGCCCCUGCACCUUCUUCCCCGUGGUGGGCUUCGCCCUGCGCCCGGUCGGAGCAAGGCGGUCCGGCAAUGGCGGGGCGCGGGCGACGGCGCUGAAAGGUGAGCGGGGCGGGCGGCACCAUGCCGUCUUUGAACAUCACCCCGGAGCAAUUCGCGCAGCUCCUGAGGGAGAACAACGUGACGCGGGAGCAGUUCAUCGCCCUCUACGGGCUGCAGCCGCUGGUGUACAUCCCGGAGCUGCCGGGGCGCACGAAGGUGGCCUUCGUCCUCAUCUGCGUGCUCAUCUUCGCCCUGGCGCUCUUCGGCAACUGCCUGGUGCUCUACGUGGUGACCCGCAGCAAAGCCAUGAGGACCGUCACCAACAUCUUCAUCUGCUCCCUGGCGCUGAGCGACCUCCUCAUCGCCUUCUUCUGUGUCCCCUUCACCAUGCUGCAGAACAUCUCCUCCAACUGGCUCGGCGGUGCCUUUGCUUGCAAGAUGGUACCAUUUGUUCAAUCCACUGCUAUUGUAACAGAGAUUCUUACAAUGACCUGCAUUGCUGUGGAAAGACACCAGGGAAUUGUGCAUCCACUAAAAAUGAAAUGGCAGUACACCAAUAAAAGAGCUUUCACGAUGCUAGGUGUAGUCUGGUUGCUGGCAGUUAUUGUUGGAUCACCCAUGUGGCAUGUGCAACGUCUUGAGGUUAAAUACGACUUUCUAUAUGAAAAAGUCUAUGUUUGUUGCUUAGAAGAAUGGACCAGUCCGAUUUAUCAGAAGAUUUAUACAACAUUUAUUCUUGUUAUACUCUUUCUUCUUCCAUUGAUGUUGAUGCUUUUUUUGUACACUAAAAUCGGUUAUGAACUCUGGAUUAAGAAAAGGGUGGGAGAUGCUUCAGUUCUUCAGACCAUUCAUGGGAAUGAAAUGUCUAAAAUAUCAAGGAAAAAGAAACGAGCGAUUGUAAUGAUGGUGACAGUGGUGUUUCUUUUUGCGGUCUGUUGGGCCCCUUUCCACGUGAUUCACAUGAUGAUAGAAUACAGUAACUUUGAAAAGGAAUAUGAUGAUGUGACAGUGAAAAUGAUCUUUGCAAUUGUCCAAAUCAUAGGAUUCUUCAAUUCUAUUUGCAACCCUAUUGUGUAUGCUUUCAUGAAUGAAAACUUUAAGAAAAAUUUUCUGUCUGCCAUCUGCUUCUGCGUUGUCAAAGAAAAUGCAUCACCGACCAGGCAAUUUGGGAACUCGGGGAUUACUAUGAGACAGCAAAAGGCAAGUGUUUCUCAAAGAGAUCCCAUUGACUCAGAUGAAGCCAGGAGGGAGGCAUUCAGCGAUGGCAACAUUGAAGUCAAGUUCUGUGAUCAGCCAGCUUCAAAAAGGAAUUUGAAAAGGCACCUUGCCUUAUUCAGCCCUGAGCUUACGGUGCAUUCUGCAUUAGGAAAUGGACAGUAACAUCACAAAGAUUUUGAGGAUGGAAAAAGCAUUCUCUUUAUUUCAUAAUUUUGAAUAAACCAUUUAAAAUAGUUUUCUACUCUGCAUGCUAAAAUGAGGGGAAGAAUAUUUUGUGGAUUAUGAUAAUGUUGGGGUAACGGUUGAGAAAAUGUAAUAUAUUUUAUAAAGAGGAGGAUUAAGACUAUGGAAAACAAUAUUACUGUAUGAUUUCCAGGAGAGAAAAGAAAAACCAAAGACAGACAAACAAACAAAAAAUCCCACAAACGUUUUUCUUCUAAAGUUUGCCCUCUCCUUUAUGUAAACCAAAUAGCUGUUGCUUCCUCUGUUUACUUUGUGUCUGGACAUUGGCACACUGCUGUACCAUACACAGCUGAAGAUGGGAACUACAGAAAAAAAUGCACACUUUCUUUGGGUAACUUGGGAAUCUAACAUGAGUUUAACAUUGUCUGUAAGGUCUGCUUUCUGCAGCUCUGAAGACAGAGAAACUUCAGAUCCUAGUUCAGGAAAAAUGCAGACUGAAAUGCAAUUCUAAUUGGCAAAGUAUAUGAACGAGCCAGCCAGAAUUUGGCUCUGAAGAGAUUAAGAUUUAAACAUUGCAUGUAUGUUCAGGUUUUGUUAAUGGGAAGCAUAUCAGAAAUUAACAAUGCAUGCAUAAUUAAUACAGGUUAAUUCUUGGGUACAAAAUCAAAUGUUAGUGUAUUCCCCUGUUAACUGCAUUGUUCCUGCUGAAAAAUGUUGACAUUGAAAAAGUGCUGUACAAAUCAAGGGGCUGCAGAUGCUGGAGAUGUGAUCUAUAUAAUAAGCAUUGAGUUUAACUUAGUCAUGUUUGGAUAUAUGAGUUAUGUAUUGAAAGUGUGGUGAACACACAGUGUUGCCAUUUUCUGGAGGCAUAUAAGGGCCAGAUCCAGAGCCUCUUGGGACUCUACGGAAGACUUAGAGUUGAAUAUCAUGCUCUUUUGACUAGACACUUCUCUGCAGACAUGCACAAAUUUUUCUCUCUCUCCAUCAUUAAUUACUGUCUAACAACAGGGCCAAUGUGCUGUUAUUUUUAGGCUUCCUGGAGUUGAAAUCCAUACAAAUUCUAAAAUUUUUUAAUCUUGGUGGGUCAAACUGAAGAAUUUUAAAAUCGAAGGAUUCUUGCAAGUGUGGGGCUGGGGAAGAAGUGUGAUUCAGAGUGAUAUACUAUGAUCAGAUCCCACAAAAGAGGCUUUACAUAACUUGCAACUCCAGCGGAGGUUAGGUUGGACCUUUAAUCGCCUGUGAAAUGUUGGUGCUCUUUUCUGUCAUCCUUUGUCUCAUCUAAAGGACCUUGGUGCUUCCUUGGCAGUAAUUUUAAAGGUUCUUUUGCAUUGCCACUUACAUGUCUUUGUAAAUGAAAAUUUAGUCUAAAUUAUCUUUGUAUAAAUUGGAAGUAAUCUCAUCCUUCUGUAAUGUUUGCAAAUUUCAAUUGAAUAAGGAAUUCUGAUGAUGGUUUGUGACUUACCCUUUAUUUACAUAUAUAUAUAUUAUUUAGACUGCAUAUGAUAUACUCAUAUGCAAUGACAGGGGACCACUCCUGACUUGUUCUGAUAACCGGUAAUUCAGACCACUCCUAUUUAAAUAAACUUAUGUAUUAGAUAAAAUAACGAUUUUGGAGAGCUAUGUCUAGGCAAAACACGAGCGAGCUCAGUUUCUGUUUUAGACACUCAUGUAGACAUGCCCUUGUCCAUUAUCUUUGAAUAAUGCUGUAAGAAACAGUCACAGUUUUUUUGCCUGCAGUUACAACUUUGGCUUCCUUUGAAAUACAAACUACGAGAGAAAUGGUCUUCAUCUUUCUAGACAGUGGUCUUUUACUGGAAGUUUUCUGCCCUAGAGAACAGGGGCUCAUGGAGGUUUGUUAUCAUGGUUUUCCUCAUUGGUGUAAAGUUUAUCAAGCUGAUGAUGAGAACUAUGGGUUUCGACAGAUUCUGUAACUGAAAAACACUUUAAGUUUUUCAUUUAUUUGCACUGCUAUUUUUGAUGAUGGGUUUUAACAAGUAUUUAACAAAAACUUCUAAGUAUUUUAUGUUUUUGACUUAUCUGUUUAUUUUAUUGUCUUAUACAAUGUUAUGUCAAUGAGUAACUGUUGUAGUGUUGUAUUAUCUUUUUAAUUAAAAUUCCUUUUUUUUUGUCA